AAUUUUUAGAUUGUAAAUAAAUGAAUAGCGAUUAAAAUGUUACUAAGAUAAGGGAGGAAAUCACUAUUAUAUUUAACAAAACUUAAUUUUUAACGCGAAGAAGGUAUUUCAUCCAUAAGAAGCUACAGCGGCAGCAUACAACUUGGACACAAAUGACAUUUUAAAAUUUGUCGAGAAUGCGCAACGCAGCAUGUUUUACUGCUCUAUGGUGAUUAGUUUACUAUAAACAAUGAUUAUAACAAACACAACAAUUGUUACCUCACAAAAUGGUUGGAAAAACUCUGGAAUGUUUGUUGAUGUAACACUCCUUUAACCUUAAAUUUUUUAAACAUCCUCUGAAGUUCUUGUAAUUUGUUAUUACAGCGAGGUUUUCUUUUCGGAAACACAAAAAACUUGACUUCGUCCGUGUGUUUCAUUAAACAAUUUGAGACGCAACACUUCAUGACAACUGAUAAUUUUGACUUUUAUUAGCGAGAAAUAACGCACAAUGAAAACCGAAUUCUUCUACUAGUGCUAGAAGACAAGAACACAAAUAAGCCCAAAAAAAAAUAUAUUUCGUUCAAGAAAGUAAGGAUCGUAGAAAGCGGUGCCAUAAAAGACUAAUCGAGGAUUGAACUCGAGGAUGUCUUUACAACGAUUGCUAAUCAAGGAUUGUACCGAGAACUGAAAUCCCCGCACCGAAAAAUAUUGUCACACAAGUUGUAUUAGAACAAGAAUAAACGAAUACAACAAGUGAUGACUUAAAUUCUAAACAAUGGUUUAACUCAAACAAAAGGGAUAACCAUUACCAAAAGUUGGAGAAGCGUCUGAAGAACUCUAGGGAAACCAGGGAACUUGUCUUUUACCGAAUUUUACACUUGCAUUUAUACUGCUAUGCUAAUUACGCCCCUUCCGGAGCGCAUGUCUCCCUAUCUACUUCUAGCACUGAUUAUCUGCAAUGAUUCAUUCCCACGGUCGCAGCGUAGUUCAAUGAGCGGGUGAAUCAUCUCUGUAAAGAGAUAAACAUUUACCCCUUUUCACCCGCGACAGGUCCCCCUUCUUUAAGACAGGCGACCCGACUGUACUUAUCUACCUGCGAUAAAGCAUGAAGGUUACCCUUGUUAACACUAACUAUAACACCAAUGUAAAAGAAAUGGAACUGAUAGGCAAUGAUUGUGAUCCUCGAAGGUUAUUGAAACUGAAUAAAAAUCGGGCACAGCCUUUCUGCUGGCACAGUUCAUUUUCAGUUUUGGUGUGAUACAGGUCUUUCAAGAUGUUCACCCUUUCCGAUGUAUUGUCCGACUGGCGGUAUUUUGACGUUGCCGUUGUGCGCUUCGCUGAGAUUGCCUUCCGUAAUCCCGUGAGCCGGUACCGUCGCCUGAAUGUAAGUGAUCGGAGGCUGUUUGCCACACUCCUAAACGAUGCUAAGGUUACGGGUACCUCUUUGGAUUUUACACCGUUUUCAGGGGAAGUUUGGGAAUUGGACUUCUAUUACAGUACGUAUCCCGGCUACGCGAAGUAUCGCGAUUUUUAUUCCCACAACUAUGCUAGACUUCUGUGGUGGCUUGAGUCAGGUGAGGAUGUUUAUCAUCCGUCCCCCCGACGUUCCGACUUCCAUUCAGAGGUUUUGUUCUCCACGGUGGAGGCUCGGCUGGCAGCCCGACUGGUCGCGCUGGAAGUUUUGAACCUCUGGGGGGAGAAUCCGGAAUCUGAAGCCUUAUAAUUUUUUCCUUUGUCAAUUGCAAUCCGGUAUUC